AUGAGAGUUUAGAUUUUAUUAUUAGCUUUAACCAUAAUUAAUCUAGUUUCAGCAAUUCCAUUGAGAUAAGAUAAAAUUGUCGUUGCUUUAGAUUGCGGUUCCACUGCCCCUUAUAAGUCAUCAUCAGAUGGAAUCACUUAUACUGCUGAUAAUUUGUACACAUAGAAUACAAAAAUUGCUGACUAUACUUACAACUAGUCCAUUAUGAAAAAGACUAUUAAGUAUACUGAUGACUAAUAGUUAUACAAAACUGAAAGACACUCUGAUGAAAACUUUGCAUAUUCACUCCCAGUCAAAGAAUUCGGAACAUAUACUCUUAUUUUAAAGUUCUGCGAACUCUAUUUCACUGAACCUAACAAAAGAGUUUUCAGUAUUUUAUUCGGUGAUAGUUUAGUUGUUCCUGAAGUAGAUAUUGUCAAAGAAGUAGGUCCUUUUGCUGCAUAUGAUUUAUAUAUUGAAUUUGAAUAUAAGUCUGAUUAAUUAUUUUAUCAUAAUGGAAAAGCUUGUGAAAAUGCUUUAGAUACUGCUCAUUAGGGUUUAAUAGUUGAAUUCCGUAAGAUCGGUAAAGAUCUACCUAAAGUUGAUGCAAUAGUUUUAAUUAAAGGAGGUAUUGCACAAAGCAAUUAUGAUGAAUACCAAGCUCUUAUUAGAAAUUGGAAUGAAGAAGCAAGCUUGUUUUCAGAAGAUGAGUAAUUUUAAAAGCUUGAAAAUUUGAGAAAAAAAAUAAAAGACGAGUUUGACACCUCAAUAGAUUUUGAUGCAUACAACAAAAGUAAGUUUGAAGGUAUUAUAAAUAUCUUGUUAUCUUGGAAGGGAUAUUUAAUUUUAUUUACUUUGAUUAUAUUCUAAUUCUGUCUGUUUUGCUCUGAAGAUCCUCAAGAAGCAAAAAUUGACAGAGAGAGAAGAUACACAGAUGAAGUGUAAUCUCCUGAAAAGAAAGAGCAUAGUACUACUUCUAAGGGCGAAUCAAAGAAAAAAAAAUAAUGA